CAAACAUUCAGCGUCGUUAAAAAGAAUUCCAACUAAAAAUUUUACUUCUUUUGGCGAAAUUCUCACUGAACAACCACGAUAUUUUACCACUGUUGUGCAGGGAAUGUUCUUGAUAAUAUCUUAAAUCGGUAAGAGGCAGAUCAGGCGAUAAAUUGGUUUAAGAAUCGUCUUUUUUGCUGAUGGCGAUUAAUUUCCUGGUGGUUUGUUCGUUUUUGCUCAUUGUGAAAAGUACUUGGGUCGGUGGUAAUUCGUACAAGAAGAUCCCAAUUGAAGGAUCUCUACAAGAUACUGCCACAUCAAAGCGUUUUCUAUCGUUGAUGCUUAGAAAAUCUUUACCUAACGCAAAGGCUUUAAAAUUUCGGAGAAAUGCCGCGCUUACUAAAAUGUCACUUAACGAUGAAGUCCACAAAAGUCACGUAGACAGUAUAUCAAAGCGGUUUAUUGCCAUGAUGCUGAGAAAAUCUCCAGCUAAACUUAGUCAUGGAGUUGCCUCAAGAUUACCCAGAGAUGUUGAAAAACCCCAGAGGAAAUUACAUGAGGGUUUUAUACCUCGUUCAUCAAAGCAUUUUAUAUCCAUGAUGCUACGAAAAUCCCCAGGCUUAAAGUUCCGUAGAGAUGUGCAUCGAGCUUUGCCAAGGUUUCGACGUGAAGAAGGAGAGGAGGAAGAAGACGUAGAAUUGAACAGGGCUGAUGAACAACGUCGUGAGUAUGAGAGACGGUUAUUUGAAAGUUUAAAUAUUAUUGGUACAGUUCCAGCAACACGGCUUUAUGUUCCUGAGUUUGUACAAGACAGUAAUGAUGGUUCAACUGCACCUUUUAAUAUUCUACCUAAUACUAUAGUUGGUAAAGUCCGUAAACUUUUUCCUAAUGGUAAGCAGUUGAUUGUCUGGCCUUAUAAGGGAUGGCGGAAUUUCACAGUUGAUCAGGACACGGGAGAAGUCAGGACGACUACCAAGAUGGACUUUGAAUUUCUCAGACUGUAUAACAUGACCAUCCGUGAUUUCAGACACAAUUACACUGAUGAUGAACCAUUAAAACAACCACCAGUGCCAAAUCCUGAAAACAAGGAUGAUCCACAACGUGAUUAUGUCGAUCAUUACUUAAUUGUUGAAGUUGUUGAUCGGAAUGACAAUGCUCCGAAAUGGAUUCGAGAUACAUCUGGUGGUGGAUUCUUUACUGGGAAAAUAAAUACAAAUGCUCGUGCUGGGACACCUAUUCUUCAUAUAAACCCUGCAGAUGAUGACAGUGGGCCACGAGGAAGGAUACGUUUCGAUAUCAUCACAGCUGAUAAGAAGCAAUCUAAAUUUACAAUUGAUCCUAAAACUCACUAUUUGAAAACAACUGGGGACCUGCUUGAGAGUAAACGCUAUAAGGUAAGGGUUCAGGCUCUUGAUUAUGGAAUGCCACCUAGAAGAAGUGCAGUCCAGGAUUUCACAGUUCGUGUUGAGAAAACUCCUCCAGAGUUCACAGGUGCUCCAUAUAAUCUUAAUUUCUCGGAAGCUGAUGUUCGAGGCAGUGUUGUGGCAAAAGUUCAAGCAAUAAGUAGAUCUGGAAUGCAGAUGAAGUAUGAAAUAAUUACAGCGGAUGUUAAGGACACUUUUGCCAUAAAUCAUCUUGGAGAGGUAACACUUUUACGUGAAAUUGAUUAUGAUACAGCUAACGACUCCGACAAGAUGUUUACGUUCACGGUUCGAGCAUCUGAGGAUGCUUAUCAAGGUCGUACCACAGAUGUCACUGUGAAUCUAAGGCUUGUAAAUGCUGACGAUCAUUUAGGAAUGUUUAAGACACCUGCAAAACGAUUGGAAUUUAAAGAGGGUUCAAUACGGACUGGUGGAGAUAUCUAUAAAAUUGAUGUUGAAGACUGUGAUUGUAAUGAAAAUUGCGACUGUAAAUCAGGAGAAAUGAUUUACUCUCUUGGGGAUACUGGAGGUUUUUUUGAUAUAACAAGUGCUGGACAAAUCCGAAACAUUGAAGAUUUAGAUUAUGAGAAAAAGAAUUAUUUCUUCUUUCCAGUUAAGGUUACAGAUCCCGGGACAAAUGGCCGCACAAGGACAUCCUAUGUGGAAAUAACUGUUUUAGAUAUUGAUGACACCCCACCAAAAUUUCCUAAUCCUAUUUUUGAUUUUGCAAUUUUUGAAGAUGCACCAAAAGAUCAGGUUAUUGGUGUUUCACAGGCGUUGGACCCAGACCCUGCAACAAAACCGAGUGAUAUUAGUUAUGCAAUUGAUAACGAUGACCCAAAUGAGGGUAGGGAUUACUUUUAUGUUGCAAAUCAAGGUGUUAUAAAAGUGUUUGAAAAUAGAAAUCAAUUUCGCGGCUCUGACACUUAUGAAUUAAAAAUAAGUGCUACUGACAAGGGUGGCCACAAAUCAAAUCCUUCUGCAACUGUUAAAAUUCAUGUUCUUGAUGUGAAUGACCACCAACCUGUCUUCAAAGAGUGUAAGAAGCAAUCGAUUAAGGAACACCAGCCUAUUGGCACAACAUUGACUACCUUAACUGCAACAGAUGAUGACAGAGGUGUCAACAAAUUGAUUGAAUAUAGCCUUGCAACAGUGCAAAAACAUAACUUCUUUGCAAUCAACAAUCAAACUGGUGAGGUGAAAACAACACAAGUGCUUGAUAGAGAGAAAUAUGAUGAAAUCUUUGUAGUUGCCAAAGCAACAGAUGGUGGUCCAACUAGAAGUGAACCUCUUCGUCAAAUUGGUUACUGUCAGUUUGUUGUCGAAGUUUUGGAUGUUAAUGAUCACCAUCCCAUAUUCACUGUGCAACUUUAUGAUGUGUCUGCUUUAAGGGGACUUUCCACAGGAAGCCGUUUGUUAUAUGUAGAAGCUAUAGACCCAGAUCAGGGUGAGAAUGCAGUGAUUGAAUAUUCAAAAGUCUCACAGAAAAUUGGUUCAAGUAAUGAAGACUAUCUAGAAGUUGUUAAAACAACAGGAGAAGUGAAAAUUAAAAGUUCAAUGGUAAGGCUCAAUAUUGGUGAUAAAAUAAUAUUUAUCAUAGAAGCUAAAAACAAGGUGCCUGUUGUUGGUGGAGAUAAGGGAACCAAAAAGCAAACAAGAGUAGAAGUAACCAUUGCUAAAAAUGCACCACCUACCUUUGGGAAAUCUAAGUAUGUUGGCAAGGUGAAGGAAAAUAGUGCUGCUGGGUCGUCUGUUUUAACAGUUGGAAUUGUUGGUGGUGGCAGUGCACUAUACUCCCUGCAACUUUUGCGAGAUCGUGAUAAUUUACCAUUUGUGAUUGGUUCAGCAACUGGAGUCAUUACAACAACAAAGCCCUUGGAUUAUGAGUUUGAAAAAUCCUACCUGUUUGCAAUUCAAGCACAUAAAUCAGGCGCAAAUGACCAUUCCUCUGUCAUUGUUGAGAUUAAUGUUGAAGAUGUUGAUGAUGUUGUACCGAUAUUUGGUAAUGACAAAUAUGAAGCAACAGUCUCAGAAGCUGCUGGGGGAGGAGUUGAUGUAUUCCGUGUCCAAGCCAGUGAUCCAGAUCCUGCAGGUGGAGGGAAAAUGAUUUACAAUAUUGAAGACAAAUUUGAUUUUAAAAUAUUUUCAGUAGAAGAGAGAACAGGUUAUGCACAAAUCAAGACUGCUACCUCACUUAAAAAGGGAUUUUUCGACAGAGAAAAGAAAUCUGUUUACACUAUUAUAAUUGAGGCAUAUCGAGACAAAUCGCCAGGUCUACGAAGUACAGCUGUGCUUACUGUAAAUGUGCGAGAUGAAAAUGAUUCACCACCUGUGUUUGCGAAGACAGAUUUUACAGCAGCUCCUAUCCCAGAAAAUAUCCCAGUGCCAUAUGUUGUACCUAAUCUUGUACUCAAUGCAACAGACCAGGACAUUCUUGAGAAUGCUGAUGUUUACUAUUUUAUCACUUCUGGAAAUGAUGGUCGAUUCUCUAUGGAAACUAGGGUGGGUCAGGACCAACAAAAUACUGGAAGAUUGAUAGUUCUCCGUCCAUUAGAUGCUAGAAAGUCACCAGAAUUUAGGGCAAAUCCUGUGUAUACUUUGACUGUGACAGCUACAGAUCGUAAACACACAGCAACAGCCACCAUUACUGUUAAGGUCUUAGAUCGUCCUGAUUCCAAACCAGAAUUCCUAAAGUCGUUUUACGAGAAAUAUCUACCAGAGAAUGCAGGACCUGGUCUUCCAGUGGUAAAAGUUGAGGUGAAAAAGCCUGAAGAUCCCAAAGCUGUUAUUCGCUUCCGACUUGAUGAAAAAGCAUUGCCAUAUUUUGAAAUCAAUGAUGUGACAGGAAUGAUCACUACUGUAGGAGAACCUUUGGACUGGGAGGUGACGCCUAUCAUUACGUUCCCUGUCUAUGCUUACGAAAUACGAAGUCCCAAUAUCACUGGUCAGACAUUUGUCAGAGUCAAGAUAAAUGACGUAAAUGACGCGCCACCCUUGUUCCUGAACCAACCAUAUGUUGGUUAUAUUAAAGAAAAUUUACCUGUUGGUACUUUGGUUCGAUAUAUCAACGCCAUAGAUCGGGAUAACCCGGAUAUAAAUGGAGGCAAGAAUGUAAGACUCAGGUACGCGUUGCUGACAAACACUGGGGAAGAUCCAUUUGACAAGGACGGAAAAUUGUUUAAAAUGGAUAGCAACGGUCGACUUGUUACGAGGGUAAAACUGGACGCUGAAGAAUUUAGAAGAAAUUUGUCUAUUCGUGUCAGAGCUUGGGACGACGGCAAUCCACGGUUAUAUGGCGAGACAGACGUUACUAUUGUUAUUCGUGAUGAGAGCGAAUUUCCAGCGUGGUUUAGAAAAGAAAAAUACGAAGCAAGCGUUUCUGAGAGUCGUCCACCUGGUUUUGUUGUUUUACAGCUGACUACGAAAGAUCAGGAUUUUGCACCCCCAAAUAAUUACGCCUUUUCCAUAAAGAGUGGUAAUUACCCGUACGCUUUUGACAUCAACCAGGAGACAGGUGAAAUUGUCGUGGCAGGAGAACUGGAUAUUGAUAAGACAGGAACAAAGGUUUAUAAUUUGACGGUUGGUUUGAAAGAAAGGAGUGAUGAAUUGUUGAUAAACAUUGGCAUUGAUUUGAAAAGAGCAUUUGAACACACAGCUACAGUGAAAAUCACUGUUAUUCCAGGAAAUGAUAAUCGUCCUACAUUUACCGACCCGGACAAAACAUAUAUAUUAACAAUUCCUGAAAAUACACCCGUUGGAACGAGGUUAAAUCCUAAGCCUCUUGCCAUAGAAGCUUAUGAUAAUGAUUUGGGAUAUAGCAAUGAGUUCAGGUUUAUGAUAACAUCAGGAAACAUCGGCGAUUGGUUUGGGGUGGUCAAACCUAGUAAUAGCUCAAAAAAGGCAGAAAUUUUGAUUCAAUAUCCGCUUGAUCGAGAAUUUCAAGAUCGUUAUGACAUGCAGUUGGUUGUUAUAGAUAACGGAGGAGUAUCAGAUUUGGCUUGGCUACAAAUAACCCUGGAAGAUGUAAACGACAAUCCGCCGAGAUUCCUAUCUCCAUUUUACACCGCUUCAAUCACAGAAGGACGCUGUGACUCUAAUACACCUCUUGUCACCCUCGCCGCGGUUGAUGCCGACGAAGACCCACAAGGACCAUUUGCCUUUGCUUUUGCCCCUAAUGGAAAUCCUGGCAACCGAUUUUCGCUUCGUGACGAUCCCGAAAAGAACAGUACUAAGCUGUAUUGUACUGGCAGUGUGGACCGAGAGGCUACGCCAGAUUUAAAAGUGGUUGUAAAAGUCACAGAUGAUCCAGAACCAAAACUGUCUUCAACUGCCAACGUAUUUAUACAUGUAAAAGAUGUUGACGAAUCGGGGGAGUCGAGUGCAAGAAUGCGAGUUGUUGUAAAUGCUAUUGAUGGAAAGUUUGUUGGAGGAAGGAUUGCACAGACAUACUUCAAGGAUAAUGAUGGUGAUAAUACUCGCGGGAUGACUUAUACUCUCACAGGUUCAGACGAGUUUACAGUGCAAAGUAACGACGGUUGGAUCAGUGCUAAGAGUACUGUAAAGGUGGGAAAAUAUGAACUGAAAAUUCAAGGACGGAAAGGAAGUUCGCGGCCUUCAUGUACAGUUGACGUCAAUGUUCGUGAUGUCCCAAAAGAGGCCAUUGAGAACAGCGCUGCUAUACAACUUCACGAAGUCCUGAACACUAACCGCUUUUUGAACCCUAUCCGUCAGGGCAGCACCAGCAAGUUUGAUUCGAUUACUUAUUAUGAUCGCUUUGUCAAUAUGUUGUCCGACUUGUUUGACGUUUCUGCCGACAAUGUUUAUGUCUUCAGUAUUCAAAUGUCAAAACAAAUCAGGAAGCCAGGAAGACCUUAUCCUGCCAUAGAUGUUCAUUUUGCUAUUAGGAAAGAAUCUACAGUUAAAAGUCCAUUUCUACCUCGAUAUAUUUUGAUUAAUACAUUGGAAAAGAAUAAUAAAACACUAAAAGAGAUUGGUUUCAAACUUGGUAUGAUUGGUCUUGAUUACUGUGUUGAAGAGACAAAGAAGUCUGGUAUGUGUCGAAAUACGGUGCGUCUUGUUGGUGACGAGUAUUCUGUCGUGAGCAGCGAUUAUGGUUUGAUACCAGUCCCUGACUAUGCGGUCGCAAUCACAUCAAUCACAGUCAAAGCCGGCGCAGAAUAUGAUCGUUAUCAUCAAGAUCCUGAUCCGGAGUAUGAUACGUGUGUGAAUGACGUCAGUUGUCUUAAUGGAGGAACAUGUCACGAUGUUUUACCACGAGGUUUUGUAUGUGAAUGCCCCGGAAAGUACAGUGGUCCUAGGUGUCAGCUUACUACUCGCACAUUCCAGGGUAACUCUUACAUCUGGUUGCCUCCCAAGACCCCGCAUAAUUUUGGGAGUGUCUCAUUGGAGUUUGCGACUGGUGCAGCCAAUGGUCUGUUGCUCUAUCAGGGCCCUGCAGUCAAAGAUGGCAACAAUGGUCGUGGAGAUUUCCUGGCUAUUAGUUUGAAAAAUGGACGGAUUCAAGUGGGUUUGACGUUCGGAGGAGAACCUCAGGUAUUUUACAUGGACGAAGGACCAACACUGAAUGAUAGAAAGUGGCAUCAUGUUGAAGUUUCACAUCAAAGAAAGGAGGUGAAAUUGGUUAUCGAUCAUUGUAAAUAUGCAGAUAUCGUGGAGGAUGACGAGCGCAUUGUAGAAUUACGAAAACAUUGCGAACUUAUAACAAGAACUAAACAAAACUACCAGUUUUUGAAUGGUCUUGGUCCAAUGCAGAUUGGUGGCGUUGAAAGCAUGCCUUUGGACUAUCCUUCUUCAAAGUUCAUCGAGUAUAAAUAUUUUGAUGGUUGUAUUCGUAAGAUCAAGGAGAACCUAGAGAUGUACGACUUAUCAUAUCCUCUCAAAGUCGUCAAUGCUCCUGCAGGAUGUACUAUCAUGGCUGAAUGCCCCACUUGUUUGAAUGGUGGUUAUUGUUACCCAGGAUUUGCUCGCAGUGUUUGUAGCUGUCCUGCGGGUUACAUUGGUGACGACUGUAGCGGAAAUGCUCCGCGAUACUGGUAUAUGGCAAACAGUUUUACGGAGUACACGCUACCUGGGGAAGAACGUCGAAAGAAGCGUGGGGCGGCCCAGGAACCUUCAGAUCUUCUAGAUCGUUUUAGUAAUCACAUUACUAUGCAAAUACGCCUUGAUCCUGGUGUUACUGAAGCUAUAUUUUUCUAUGCUGUCAGCGAGGAGGGACUGGAAUACAGUAAAUUGGGGUAUGAAGAAAAUAAAUUGUAUUAUGAGUUUAAACUAUUGGACGCUUUGGUUCGACUGGAAAUGCCUGCUGAAGCUGAUGUGGCCGAUGGCAACUGGCAUGAUGUAGUGGUGUCUCGGGAAGGAAACACUGCUGUGUUGCAAAUUGAUUAUUCAGGAAGAGUAACCAGAAAUACAGGUGGUACGAAACAGUUAAUACGCAUGAGCAGCGCUAAGAUCGUGGUUGGUGGAUUGCCCGACAUUGCUCCUAAUAUGACAAUUGUUGACAAAGUCGUUGAAGCCGCCGUUUAUGAUAUUCGUUCUCGACGUCGUCGCUCAGCUGGUACAAUACUUGGUGUAACAACUGAUGGACGAGCUGUCAGAAGCGUUGCUGGAGACAUGCAAGGCUGCACCGGCAGUAGCAGUUACAAUGGCAAGAAUUUAGACACAGAUCCAAACGUAAAGAAAGCAAGAAUGAAUGUAGAGAUAGGAUGUCCAUGUCGUGCUGUAUUACAAUGUAGAAAUGGAGGUGUUUGUGUUGAUGCUGCUGUACCAUUCUGUCAGUGUACCCAUGGUUGGUCUGGUUCAACAUGUGAGGAUAUAGUUUAUGUAGCCCCUGUACUUGGAAACAGAGUCGAUGGUCGAGCAAGAUGGAAAGAUGGCGGUGUUCUUGUUGUUAUUUUCAUCGUCGUGUUGUGUGUCUUGAUUCUUGCUAUUGCUUUAUUGAUUAUCAAGAAGCAACGUGAAGCUCCGUAUUCUGUUCCUGUUGGAGAUGAAGGUCAAGAUAGUAUCAUGCCGUAUCAUGACGAUGGAGCCGGCGAGGAAGACACAUACAACUAUGAUAUAAAUCAUUUGAUGAAAUAUUCCUAUCGGGAUGGUCAUGGUACCAUCACUAAGUCUGUGAACGGCAAAGACGUUGAACAAAUGGAACUUCUGUCCACAAGAACGGAUGGACUCAUGGCUGAAGGUUCAGGAGGCGGUAUGAUGACGAUGACGUCAGGAGAAAAGAGUGAGAUGGCGAGAGAAAGUGUUGAUCUUUGGCCGUUCAUCCUGGAGCGAGUUCAGAGAGCCGACGAAGAUAUGAGCUGGUGGCCGGAGGACGAGAUGCGACACUGGAGUGAUGAAGGAGAUGAGGGCGAACAAGCAAACCUGAGCGAGAUUGAGGACAGCGAUGACGAAGAGGAGGCCGAGCAGGACUGGGAAUUCUUGAAGGACUGGGGUAAGAAGUUUGAGAAUUUAAAUAAGAUAUUUAACCCUGAAAGUGACGAUGAAGAUGACGAAGAAACUGAAGCUUAACUCGCCAGAAUGUGAACAUAUUUUUCUGCAACUUUUCGUUAGGAAAAGAAUUUAUUUUUCUUGUAGCUAUUUCAUUUUGCUUAAUGCUUAGUUUUCCUUUAUUUCAUAUAUAACUUUAUUUACUAUUACUUGGACAUAAGGUGGUUUCCGUGAUCACUCGAAUGGUACUAAAUAUCAGGCUACAAUUAAUAACUAAAAGUUUGUUUGCAAUUUCAUUCAAACCAUUCUUUGUGGCAGUUUAGAAGUUUUUCAUUCGAAACAUUCAUGAACAUUCGUUUGUAUUUCUGUAUCAGUUAAACCACCAUUAAUACUUGAUCUGUCUGAAUACCAUCGCUUAGCUGACGGUGCAGAUAAAAUUGCUAGUUGUUAGGCAUUCGUAUUUCCGCUUAUUUAUCGAGAUAAUAUGGUGUAGAUUUUUCUAAAAGUUCUCGAUAAAUGCUGGCUUCAAAUAUACCCUGGUUGUAAAUUGUUUUUUUUCUACUUACCUGUAUAACUAGAUAGUUAUUUACUAUAUCAUAUAGAACUUGCAAUGACUCCGUGAAUAUACAUAUAAAAGCGUUGCUUUAAGUAUCAUAAUAUAUAUUUCAACACACUGUCUGUCAACUGUCAAGGCUUUCAUUUUGACAGUUAACUACACACCCGAAAAUGCUUGUAUUGUAACUGCAUUACUGUACUGUAGUGAUAAAAUAAUGUGUGUCAAUUCAAUAGUCUUUUUUAGAUAAUUUUGUAGAAAUAAGUAAUUAAACAUUUUCAAUGUA